AUGCAUGCCGCAUACCUGUGUAUCAGUGAUCUGAUGAUCGUCGGCUCCAGUGACGCGAACAUGCCUACCGAGUUGGUAUUCACAGACGGCGCUAAAGGCAUUGAGUUCGAUGUGCGGGAGCGUGUAGUCUUCGACCAUGGAGUGUCUCUACGCUCCGAGGGGGCCAGUCAGGAACACUACUGCACAUUCCAAGCGCCCCUGAACGAUACCGUCAUUUACUUCGACAAUCUGGCACCCGAAAUGGUGGGGGAUGAGCAAGUGCGAAUAGGUCUGUACACCUGGCCCUUAUACGACCAACGCACUAUCAAAGACAUCACCCUUGGCCAGUGCACACUAACCACACACCCGCACGUCUUUGACGAGACUCGUGUGCUGGUGGAUGUAGAGGACAUGUGCAAGUACAAGAUCAGCGCGGUGAUUAACCUGGAGUUUAUCCAGGAGUGCAAGCUGCCCCUGAGGAAAAUGGGCAGCGAAAUGAGCCACGUGGCAAGCUGGUCGGUGGUGUUUACGGAGUACUUUGACUCCGAUUCAGAGGGACGAGCGCUCAACACUCCCAUCUCCCGAGACAUGGAGUACGACGGUGAGACUAUCAUUAAUGUGGACCAGGACACGGGAGCGUCUAUUGUGGACGUGCAGCAGAACAAAUACGAUACCAGCACUCUGCAGACAUUGACGGUGCUCUCACACGCGUGGAUUGUGAAUGAUGUAGACACUGAAGACCUGGGGGUGAAACUGGUAGUGCGCGUACCCGAACCCUUCCAUAUGAGCAACCACUCAGACGGCGCAGUGAGACAGUUUGUGGACGCGGAUGGAAACCCCAUCACCAGCACAGGGCUCACGCAGCAGCAAGUCAUCGACCAACUGAUCGACCGCCAACAAGCCGCGGCUAACAAGGCAGCGACUAACGCAGCAGAUCACACGAACGACACAGCCCCCAUCAACCAGGACCAGCUGUACGAGAUGAUCGCUCACCCUCCUGCGCCAGAGAAUGAACCGGUGGUCUUCCCUAGCACGUACCCACGACCGUCUCCCAACAACUACAACAUACAACAGGGUGAACCCCUGACACCUGAGCAGAUCCAGACCAUCAAAGACCACUUGCUCAACCGCAUUAAAUCCGUAACGAAUGAUGUAAACGACACCGUGCCAGAGAGCAGAACUGACAGUAGCACUGUAGUCAUACCGGUGGGAGAGAAGGGCAAAAUUGCUAUCACUGCUCAGGUGGACAAACCAGCCGGGGCUGUUGGUUCCGAAGGGUCGAUCAAACCGCACAUCGAUGUGACUGGUCAGGUCCACAAGCCAGCCCCGGGAGAUGAUUCCGACGGGACGACGAAACCACACAUAGAUAUCUCUGCCACGCUAGGAAUUGAGAAAACAAAAACUGAGCGAAGGCAGGCGCAGGGUACCACGGACACUGUGCAAGUCACACAGUACUCAGGCAUUGGCUCGUUCAUGGUAGACAUCUGGAAGAAGCGUGGGGGCAGCACACGUGUGGGUCAAGCGGAAAUAUUCGAAGACUGUCAAAUCAACGAAGAGACAAAAGGCUGUGAACAACAAGUGAAUGUGAAGGCAACCGCUGAUACCAGCGCCAACUCGAAUACCGACUCCAGUAGCCAAGACAACGGAGUUGGCGUUGCGGGAGUAGUGUCGAUUUGCCUUGCUCUGCUCCUAGUAGUACUCCUGGUGGGGUCAGGUAUAUAUUUCUACAGGAGCAGAAAGGCGCGCUCGAUCAAGCAGGAGGUUAUGGAUUUUUCACGCUCGCCCUCUAUGCAAAGCAACGCCGACUCGAGACAUGCCUUCGGAGAUACGGACGAGAUGAGUACGAGCAACGUCACAAGCGCCAUCACGAUGGUGGAUAAGGCGGGCGACAUGUGUGACGAGAGGAUGAAAGUAUAAUUUUCCGGGGAAACAUAGACCCUGAACGGGUUCUAUACAGACUACCCAGCCGGUUCUACAUGCUAUGCGUAUGCACUGCGUUAGUAUUAUUGUAGGCUAUCUUAAUUUGUAGGUUACCCUCACCGGAGAUAUGUGAACGAUGGUACACUUUAUUAGCGCGUUGGAGCCUACUAUGUGAUAACGGACACUUAUUCCUGCGGGUUGAUGGGCUUAGGAGUGUCGGGUAGACACAUGGCUUACUAGGCAUCUCAUACAUAUAACAAUAUAACGUUUAUAGACUGAGAAAAGCAGUCUCGCACUUGCAUCAAUACAAUAUCAAUAAAAUACCGUAA